AUGGCCUGUCAAGUGGAUAUCAAUAAUGUCUUCCUCCAUGGAUACUUAGAUAAGGACAUUUAUAUGCAAGCACCAGAUGAUUACUUUGUUCAACUAGCACAGGUUUGUAAGUUGAAAAUGUCCUUGUAUGGAUUGAAACAAGUAUUUAGGCAAUGGAACUUGAAAGUGACGAAUAAUUUGCUGUCUUUUGGCUUUGUUCAAUCUCCUUAUGUUCACUGUUUAUUUACUCAACAAACAAAUGUGGGAUUGGUUGCAUUAUUGGUUUAUGUGGAUGACAUUUUGAUUACUUGCUCAUCAAAACACAAGAUUGUAGAGAUUAAGAAAUUCUUAGAUGCUACAUUUACUAUUAAAGAUCUUGACCUUGCUAAAUACUUUCUUGGUUUAGAAAUUGCUCGUUCCAGUAUAGGAAUGUCUAUCAUUCAGCACAAGUUUAUUCUUGAAAUACAGGACACUGGACUCCUAUCCUGCUUCCUCUCCCCUGCCUGCAGACGUCUGGUGGGCAGACUCUUAUAUCUCAGCUUCACACGCCUUGACAUAUCCUUUGGAGCUCAACAGCUCAGUCAGUAUGUUCAUGCUCCUCGCCAACACCACUUGGAGGCAGCUCUGCAUCGGGUCCGCUAUUUGAAGGGAUGCCCAGAGAGUGGCUUGUUCUUCCCAGUCUCCAAUUCUUUCACUGUCUCUACGUACUGCGAUGCUGACUGGGCGAGUUGCACAGAUUCUCCAAGGUUUCUUACUGUAUUUUGUAUAUUUCUCAGCAAGGCGCUGAUUUCUUGGAAAACCAAGAAGCAAAUGAUUGUGGCUCGCUCCACAGUAGAAACUAAGUACCACAACUUAGGCUCCACCGUUUGCGAGCUACAAUGGAUCACUUAUUUGUUGCUGACUUCUGUAUUCAAGUCCCCAGUCCUAUUCCUCUAUACUCUGACAACCAAGUUGUAA